UGAAGCACUGAUGCAGCGUCAUCCUUAAGGGGUGGAGCCCACUCCCCCUCAACCAACCCCCUGCCCACCCCCCCCCCCCCCCAACCCUGCCAAUCCUCCUGCCUGAUGCAUCCAAUGGCGUAAAAGAGAAUCCAUCCGGUAACCAUGGCAACUUGCACCGGUUCAGGUUGCAUGUCGUCGUGGUGAGAGAAGGAAGAAAGGGAGUGCAGAGAGAGAGAGAAGGAAGAAAGGGAGUGCAGAGAGAGAGAGAGACGGUAAAGAGAAGAGAGUGUGUGAAGAAGAGGAGGAGAGAUAAAAGAAAAAAAGAGAUACCACUGGAUAAUUUCACCUCGCGGUCAUUUGCAGAUCCUUCCUUCAUGAGGAUGAGUGAAGCCGGGAGCUAAUCACAACCCCCCCUCGCGCUCAGACUCACUGAGUGACCCCUCCUUCCUGUCCCACGAUCCCUGGCGGGCCGUCGGGGGUGUGUGUGUGGGAGGGGGGAUCGCCAUGGCGGACCGUGGAGGGGGGCCAGGUGUGGGGGUAGGCGGGGUUGGUGGUGGCGUGCAGGUGAACCUCUCCCAUGUGCUGUUUGACCGCUUCGUCCAGGCCAGCACCUGCAAAGGCACGCUGAAGGCCUUCCAGGAGCUGUGUGACCAUGUGCAGCUCAAGCCUACUGAAUCGCGCAUCUUCUACCACAAGCUCAAGUCCAAGCUCAACUACUGGAAGGCCAAAGCUCUGUGGGCCAAGCUGGACAAGAGGGCCUCGCAGAAGGACUACAAGAAGGGGCGUGCCUGCGCCAACUCCAGGUGUGUGAUCAUUGGUGCGGGUCCCUGUGGGCUGCGGACGGCCAUUGAGCUGGCCUUCCUGGGAGCCAAAGUGGUACUGCUGGAGAAGAGGGACGCCUUCUCCCGCAACAACGUGCUGCAUCUCUGGCCCUACACCAUCCAGGACCUCAGGGGACUCGGCGCCAAGAAGUUCUACGGGAAAUUCUGUGCCGGCUCCAUCGACCAUAUCAGUAUUCGUCAGCUGCAGCUGAUGCUGUUGAAGGUGGCUCUGCUGCUGGGAAUUGAGAUCCAUGUGAAUGUGGAGUUUAAGGGCCUCAUCGAGCCACCGGAGGACCAGGAGAAUGAGAGGAUAGGCUGGAGGGCAGAGGUGCACCCCAGGACUCAUCCGGUGAAUGAGCUGGAGUUUGACGUUAUCAUCGGAGCUGAUGGGAGAAGAAACACUCUCGCAGGCUUCCGCAGGAAGGAGUUCCGGGGGAAGCUGGCCAUCGCCAUCACGGCCAACUUCAUCAACCGGAACACCACGGCUGAGGCCAGUGUGGAGGAGAUCAGUGGUGUGGCCUUCAUAUUUAAUCAGAAGUUCUUCCAGGAUCUACGGGAGGCCACAGGGAUUGACCUGGAGAAUAUCGUCUACUAUAAGGACGACACGCACUACUUCGUCAUGACUGCCAAGAAGCAGAGUCUGCUGGAGAAAGGAGUGAUCCUGCACGACUACGCAGACACGGAGAUGCUGCUGUCGCGGGCCAACGUGGACCAGGCGGCGCUACUGUCGUACGCUCGCGAGGCGGCCGACUUCUCCACCAACCAACGGCUGCCCGCGCUGGACUUCGCCAUCAACCACUAUGGCCAGCCGGACGUGGCCAUGUUCGACUUCACCUGCAUGUACGCCUCGGAGAACGCCGCACUGGUGCGCCAGCGCCACGGACACCAGCUGCUAGUGGCCUUGGUCGGAGACAGUCUGCUGGAGCCCUUCUGGCCCAUGGGCACUGGUAUUGCCCGAGGGUUCCUGGCCGCCAUGGACUCCGCCUGGAUGGUGCGCAGCUGGGCACAGGGCAAGACCCCCCUGGAGGUGCUUGCCGAGAGGGAGAGUAUCUAUCGCCUCCUGCCUCAGACCACGCCUGAGAAUGUGAGCAAGAACUUCAGCCAGUACAGUGUUGACCCUACCACCCGCUACCCCAACAUCAGCCUCCACCUGAUGCGACCCAACCAGGUGCGGCACCUCAUCGACACCGGCGAAUCCAAGGAGACGCUCCGCAUCGACAUGGAGAAUGUGGUCAACGCCUCCACGCCCAAACUGAGUCGUAACGAGCUGAGGCUGUUUGAGCAGCAGUUGCAAGAGUCAGUGGCGCGCUCCAGCAAGCUGCUCAACUGGUGCCAACGCCAGACAGAGGGCUACCGUGCCGUCGCCGUAACUGACCUCACCACCUCCUGGAAGAGUGGCAUGGCCCUCUGCGCUCUCAUCCACCGCUACCGACCAGACCUCAUUGACUUUGACUCUCUGGAUGAGCGGGACGUAGCCAAGAACAACCAGUUGGCGUUCGACGUGGCAGAGCGAGAGUUUGGCAUCUCACCCAUCAUGACGGGGAAGGAGAUGUCCGUGGUGGCCGAGCCCGACAAGCUCUCCAUGGUCAUGUACCUCAGCCAGUUCUACGAGAUGUUCAAAGACACUCUGCCACCUAGUGACAACCAUAGCCCUGAGGAGAGGGCGACUGCCAUCUCCAACACCCAGAAGUCUCACCCCAUCUCCUUCCUCAAGCUCCACCUGGGCUUCAACUCCAGGAAACGCACCCCCAAGGACAAAAAGGAUGAAGACAGUUUGAGCAAGAAGCUAAAGACUGGUCAGUCUGAAGAGGAUGAUCUUCAGCGAGGUUACCAUGAUGACCGUUCGUCCGCCUCCACGGCACCCUCGGAACGGAAGGUGGACGCUGCGUCAGCGGCGGCGAAUUACAACAAAAUCAAGUCCAUCCAGACACAACUGCAGGCCAAGUUUGUGGACACAGCCUCCAAUCCAGCGCCCCCUAGUGGACUCAGGAGACAGCAAAGAGAAGAGGAAGAGUCAAUGGAGCUGGACACUGAGGAGGAACAGUGUUUCCCUCCUCUCUCACUCAGGGAGGCAGAUGAUGCCAUGGAGCUGUAUGACCAGCAGAAGGCGCUCCAUGUCCUCAGCAUCCAGGAGAGGACCGACAUGCUGGCCUCCCACUUCAGCGACGGGCCCCAGCCCCAAAGCCCCCCCAAGCCGAUGAAAAAGCCUUCACGCUUCUUUAUCGAGCAGUGGCUACGGACCCAUGCCUUUGGGGAGGAAGACCCUCCACCCUGCCCCCAAACCCCUCCUCAGGUAUCCCAUCCUUCUCACCUGAGCAAGGAGAGGGAGGUGCUGCGGUCCGACGACCAGCUCCCCCUCCACAUCCCCAGCAUCCAGGAGAGAGCCGAACGAUUGGCCGCUCGGUUCAAAGACACACCCCCCAAGCCAAAGACGAGGAAGGUGUCUCGGUUGUUUACUGAGCAGUGGUACCGGUCACGUGAGCAGAGAACAGACAAGCCUCAUCCUUCACCCUCCUCUCGUAGCCAGCGCUAUGUUAAGAUGUACACAGGGGGGUCGAGCUCUUUGGCUGAGCAGAUAGCCAAUCCAGAUGACCCAGACUUCCUUGUUGAAAGGAGGGAUUUGGGUUCCUUGAGGAAGGAGUUCCCUCAGAACAUCGGCGGCAGUGACGUGUGUUACUUCUGCCAGCGGCGAGUGUAUGUGAUGGAGCGCCUGAGCGCUGAGGGCAAGUUCUUCCACCGUAGCUGCUUCUCCUGUGACUACUGUGGCACCACCCUCCGCCUCUCCUCCUACGCAUUCGAUGUGGAGAAAGGGAAGUUUUACUGCAAACCGCAUUACUGCUACCGCGCGUCCGGCCAAGGCCAGAAGAAGAGACCUGCUCCUGCUUCAGUCUCCACCAAGGAGGCCCAGGCCACGGACCCGGUCACAGUGGAUUCGAGCGGCCGCCCACCAUCUGCGUUGGCCCCCGCGGAGCGGCGUCCCUCAGUGCCGGAGAUGAACGGGGUCGGGGAGCCCAGCAUGGCCAAGCGUCUGAGGGGCACCCCGGAGCGCAUCGAGCUGGAGAACUACCGGCUGUCGCUGCAGCGCGAGGAGGAGCUCGAGGAGGUCCCCGAGGAGACACUGGCCGAGCACAACCUCAGCAGCGUGCUGGACAAGGCCACAGACGUGGAGGAGGGAUCCAGCAGCUCCGAGUCGGACAUGGAGGAUGAAGACGAGGAGGAGGAAGAGCGUCAGCCGGGGCCGUCUGACCUGGGCGGGGUCCCCUGGAAGGAGGCCGUGGAGAUCCAUGCCAAGCUGAAGGGCGACAGCGACGCCGAGGCCGAGGGUACGCGGAACGGCCUGGGGCCCCGAAUCCACGUCCAGGAGGACGGAGAGAUGGAGGACAACAUGGAGGGAGGGGAGGAGGAGGACGAGGAGGAAGAGGAGGAUGACGAAGAUGACGAGUCCAGCGACGAGGGGGAGUAUUGCCCCUGGGAGAGAGAGCUGCAGUCAGGCCUGUGGCUGGAGUCAUUGGCUGAUGAAGAGGAUAUUUGUACCUUCAAAGCCAGGAACCUGCGCCUCCAGCAAGCGCUGCAGCCGGUGGACCCUCUGGCUGUCCCCCAGGAGCUGUGCCGGACGCCCACCCCCUUAGAGGGUGGUCAGGAGGGGCCUUCUACUUCCUCCCUACCUUCCCAGCCCACAGCCCCCUCCCAUACGUCUGCGCGUCAUGAGGCAGUGAGAGCGUGGUUGGACUCUCUGUCAGGAGAGACUUGUGGGGAGGAGGAGGACCCAGAGGCGGAGGCAGGGAGCCUCAACAUUGAGCCAGGGACGGAGCGGGAUUAUGAUGACAUCCCAUCAGACGCAGAGGCCGAGGCUCGUCUGCAUCAGACGCCUGACCAGGAGGAGAUGCCUGAGGAGCCUGGCCGACCAGAGAGCCUAGGAAGAGUCUCCAGCCUAGGUCAAACAUCGGAGAGUCCGAAGCAGCUGGUUGUUGAUGUUGUGCUCUCACCAAUACCAAAAGCCCCUCAGCCGGAGUUAGGGGAGGUACAUGCGCACGGUAAGUCCCCACCGGUGCCGGUGUUUGUGAUGUCGCCUGGCGCGCGCUUCUUCCCAGAGGUCUUUCGUACAGACGCCGCCGAACUGCCCACCCCAUCGCAGUCUCCGCAGCUCCAGCCACAGAGUCCGGUCUUCUCCGCGCUCUUCGCACCGGUCACCUCACCUGCUGCAGUCACCACGCCCGUUGAAGCCUCACCUACAGACUCUGUCUCACCUGUGGUUGCGUAUCUCGCUACCGUCUCGCCUGAAGUUAUCUCGCCUGGUCCAGUCUCACCUGUGGUUGCGUAUCUCGCUACCGUCUCGCCUGAAGUUAUCUCGCCUAGUCCGGUCUCACCUGUGGUCGCCUCGCCUGCGGUAGCUUCACCUGCUGCCAUCUCACCUGCGCCACUUCCCGCCUCGGCCACCUCCCCCACCUCUCCCAUCCGCUCUCAGCCACUCCCUCUCCCCGAAACUCCCUCCCCCAAACCCCCCACCACCCAACCCCAGUCCUGUGCUUGCACUCCAUCAGCCAAUCCCCUGUCUCCCAUCUGCGCCCAGACUCUUCCCUGUCAGGACCCUUCCUCUCCCCUCUCCUCCUCCUCUCCGGUCCGCACCCAGCCCUUCCCCGCAGCCACCUCCACCCCGGCGUCCAAACCCACUCCGCAGGCGGCCUCGACCGCUCCUCUCACGCCCCCUAUAGGCGAGACGGACGACUCCAUGGAGGUCACACCGGCCAAGAAGGACAUCAUUGAGGAGUUCUGGCAGAAGAGCGCAGAGAUCCGAAAGAGCCUGGGCCUGACGCCUCUGAACCGCACUCGCUCUGUGGAGCAGAGGAGCAGCGUGCUGGUCACCAAUGAGACAACGCCGGCCCCCUCACCGGGCCUGGACACUACGUCCUUCUCUUCCUCCUCCGCGGUCUCCCCACCGACCCCCAAGCCUCGGACCCCCGAAGUGCCCCAGGCGCUGGAGGACCUGCGCCCCAGUUUCCCCAACGGCGGCGGUCGCUCGGUGAUCCGGCGGCUCAACAUCACCCUGGAGGGUCAGCUGAUCUCGCCGGCGGAGACCAAGAACAGCCGCUCUCCGUCGGAGCGGCGCGAGCCCAGCAGCAGCUCGGGGCUGGGCCUGAACGGCAGCGGCACGGCCACCAGCGACAGCGCCAGCGUCUCCUGCGCCUCCGACUCCACGCUGCUCACGCCGCCCUCUAGCCCGCCCCCUCCGCCGCCCCCCGACGAGGAGCCCGCCACGCUCAAGCACAAGGUGACGUGGGACGGCCUUCCACUGGGGGAGACGGACGCCACGGGCCUGGAGAAGACCCGCGGUCAGCUGGACGCCAGGACAAGCUCCCCUCCCCCUCCUCCUCCUCCUCCUCCAGUGUCCUGCUCCACCCCCAGGGACCGGUCCAGUUCUGUCCCCACUGCCGCCGCCGCCGCCAACACCACCACGCCCGUUCCGGCCCCCAGGACCGGCCCAGUGGGCUCGUGCGUGGUCAUGCGGCGUGACGUCAAGCCCCGGCGCGAGCAGGCGCGCAAGUCUUUCGCCGAGAGCGUGGAGGAGAUCCCCUUCGCCGACGACGUGGAGGACACGUACGAUGACCGCACGCCCGAGACCAGCGCCAACGAGCGCUUCUUCACGCCACCCACCAGCAAAAAGGACAGCAGCAGCAGCAGGCCGCCCCUCCACCUGGCACUGGCCAUGGAGAACGGCAAGCCCAACAUCCCCAGCAACCUGGCGGGCAGCAGACCGAGCCCGACGGUCAAGACCCCCACCCACAUCUCCCCCGAGGCCAAGGAGAUUGCCGAGGAGCGGAUGAGGGCUCGGGAGAAGUCCGUGAAGAGCCAGGUACUGAAAGAUGCCAUGGCCAAGCAGCUGAGCAAGAUGAAGGAGCCCGAGGCGGUAAAGGACGCCAUGACCAAACAGCUGACCAAGAUGAAGGAGUCGGACACUGUGAAGGGCGCCGUCGCCAAGGUGGCCUGGACCGUGUCAGAGACGACGGGCAAGCACAAGAAAAAGCGCUCCAGCUCGCCCAAGAUGACCGCUGUCGAGUCGCUCGAGUCCAAGAAGCAGGCGGAGACGCUGCACGAGCGUUUCUUCACCACGCCAUCGGCCCGCAGCCAGGAGAGCUCCGUGGCGUCGUCCGAGAGCUCGGCGGGCAGCAAGAGCAAGAAGCGGUCAUCGCUCUUCUCACCCCGCAAGAACAAGAAGGAGAAGAAGUCCAAGGGCGAGGGCAGGGGCUCUGGGUCCGAGGACACGCCGCCCAAACACAAGUCCCUCUGGAAGGCCGUGUUCUCGGGGUACAAGAAGGACAAGAAGAAGAAGGAGGACAAGUCCUGUCCCAGCACGCCAUCGUCCAGCAGCACCACUACUGACUCGGGGAAGAAGAAGGGCCCCGCGCUGGAACGGUCAGCAGCGGACUUGAAGUUGCGGAAGAACUUGAGCUUCUCUGAAGACUCUGAUAUCUCAUGCGAUGAUAUUCUGGAACGUUCGUCCCAGAAGUCCAAAGCAGACUCUGUUUAUGUUCCUCAUGCAUUGGCGUUCAAGAGAUCUUACGCCACCAAGAAGACGUACACAGAAGAGGAGCUGAACGCCAAACUUACGCGGCGUGUCCAGAAGGCCGCCCGGAGGCAGGCCAAACAGGAAGAGCUCAAGAGGCUCCACAGGGCCCAGAUCAUUCAGCGCCAGCUGGAGCAGGUUGAAGAGAAACAGCGACAGCUGGAAGAAAGGGGGGUUGCCGUGGAGAAGGCCUUACGAGGGGAAGCAGGAGUCUAUAAGAGCUCUAAUGUUUAUCCCAAACAGCAUAAGCGAAGAUCAGACUAUUGGGGCGAUUCUAAUUACAGUGAGAUCCUGGACUUGCAUCUGGGCGGAAUGGGCAAAAAGGACGAUCCCAAACUAAUGCAAGAGUGGUUCAAACUGGUGCAGGAGAAGAACGCUCUGGUGCGCUACGAGUCCGAACUCAUGAUCUUCGCUCGAGAGCUGGAGCUCGAGGAUCGCCAAAGUCGCCUGCAGCAGGAGCUCAGGGAGAGAAUGGCAGUGGAUGACCACAUGAAGGCGGAGGAGGAGCUGGCGGAGGAGAAGCGCAUCCUGAACGAGAUGCUGGAGGUGGUGGAGCAGCGGGACUCCCUGGUGGCCCUCCUGGAGGAGCAGAGGCUGCAGGAGAAAGAGGAGGACAAGGACCUGGAGUCAGUCAUGCUGUCCAAGGGCUUCAACCUCAACUGGGCCUGAGUGAUGGCAACCUGCUUAUCUCUCACUUAGUUUUAUCUCUCUCUCUCGCUCUUUCUCUCUCUCACACACACACACUAUGUGGCAGCCACAUGACAGCGAAGGCCUGACUGCCAAAAAAAAAAAAAACUUUCUAUGAGGACCAGGCCUUGGGUCCCCGGGUGUAUCAGAAAAUGAGUGUAGAGUGUGUCUCUGCAGGAGGCUUGCUCUUUCUCGCUCCGGGGCUGCUUUGGGAGUGGAGAGUUGACAAUGUUUACAAAGCCCUGGCUCCCUGGCCUGUGCUAAGCUGAGCUGAGCUGAGCAGGCCUGGACCCGAGCCUCCCCCAUCUGGCACUCUCCCUCGCUCAUGGGAACAGCUACCGGGAGCCCUGCCACUCCGAAAAACUCUACACAGACAGAGGACAUUUGAAGUUUUGCCUCUGCUGUUUUUGAUCCCUUUUAACUGUUUUAUUUCUUUUUCUUUUUUUAUUAUUUGUGAGACAAGGAAAGGGAAACAUGAGUCCUGCUGAAGGCCAUGGAAUGAUAUGUUUUGUGUGUGAAUGUGUGUGUGUGUGUGUGUGUGUGUCUGUGUGUGCGUGUAAACAAAACACUGAACCAGAUUGCAUUUUAGAAUGUCCUGUUACAGAUCUAUUCAGAAUCAUCACCUCUGGAAUCGCCUGGUAGUGGAUUCUCUGUUGCUAUGGUUACUGACUGACAACAGUGGCCGCCUCUUGACUGGCACAACUUCCCUUCUCUGGUUAAGCCCAUUAUCACUGACGUCUUUCAGGGGUCCAGGAGAGUUCCUCAGGACACAGCACUACAGACUGCUCAAACUCACCAAUAUGUCUUCUGCCACCUGUAUUUAUCAGCCGUGCGUUCAAAAGGACUUAUGAAUGGACCCAAGACUCUUGCCUUUCUGUGCUGACAUUUUCUCUGUAGCAUCGGUAAAUCAAAUGGUGCUCGGAAAACCAUCUGUAAGCCAUCUUGUAUCAGAAUAACGGAGGCUUAAAGCCUGUGUGUGUGUGUGUGUGUGUGUGUGGGCACUCACUUAGUCUCUCAGUCUUUGUGGCUUCUCACAGAUAGGAUCGCAUAAACUCAACAUUGAAAAAGUGUCAGGCUUCAGGUUGCCUGUCUACUGGCUUUUAUUGAGUAGUGAAAAUAGGGUUUUAAGGAAUACUGUCAAUACUGCUCUUAGCUUACUUUUAUCAUGUUUUUACCUUCUCUCGUGUGUUUACAAUCAGUCAAGACAUUUCAUCAAAACAAACAUACCCAAAAUCGUUUGAGUAUCAUGUAACCAUAAGCAUUGUGCUUUCUGGAUGCUGGGGAUAUAGAAAGGACAUGCAAUCAUUGGCAAAGCUGUUGAUGAAACACUUUCAACAAAAUCACUUUGAUGUAAGGGAGCUGAAUCCUCAAAAGCUUGUGGUUUUUGCAUCCUCCAGAAAACUAUGUCUUUCUCUAGACAGUAGUUUUCAUUGUCAGUAGAAUGUACCCCUUACGGAUCACUGAACAGGGUAGACAGCAGCUGACAUCAUGAAAGACCUGAUCCUGGUCACUAGCAGAUGUAUCUCUCUAGCAUUUCCAGAAAUGACCAUUGUAACAGAGAAUGAGGGAGCGAGCGAGAGAGAGAGAGAGAGAGAACAUUCAAUAUUAUCAUGCCUGCCUGGGUCAUUUAUCCGUGGUGGUUGCACAGUUGGCGCUUUUCUGGGAACGCAUCCGAGCAAGGCAGGUUCUUAUCUGGAGUCAGCUGCCAGAGCGGCUCCCUCUAGGGGUUGCAGAGGGGUCUGUAUGAGCCGCUGGGAGAUUUGCUUACUGUCUUCUCAGCUUUGGGAGAGUCCAAUGCCUUUUAAUUAACACUUCUGAAAGUUCUUGCUUCACAUCUUUAUUCUUCCUAGUGUUUACCACUUUCAUUUGUGAUUUUUUUUUUUUUGUUUGAUUUCGAAGAAAAAAUAACAAUUAUUUAUAUUUUUUUCCCUUUCUUUUAUUUUACAACACAUAUUCACAUGCCACUAAUUGGGAGCAAAUUGAAUGCUCUCUCAGCACUACUUAAAAGUAGUUACAUCAUCACAUAGAUUUUUACUGAGCUUACGAACAGCCUUUUCAUUUUUAUGUUUUUGCCAAACUGUAAAUGUCAGCUUGGUCACCAUUUUGCUGUAUAGAUGGGCACCCAGAGGUUUUUCUGUAAGUAAAUGAAAGAAUAAAUAAAAACAGAUAACUGUGUACUUCACUUAACAGUGAAUGAAAGAGAUCGUUACACAAGUUCAUGGUUAGUUUUUAGAUGGUGUGUGAAAUGUUUGACAGAUUUUAUUGAUAUUUAUUAACAUGUGUGCAAAAAAUGUAUCAUAUGUAAAGAAAAUGAAUCCUAAUUUUUGAAAAGCUCAUUUGUGGUUUCCUCUUAUGGAUAUGUAAAUGCUUCCUGUAGCUGAUUUGCAUAUAAGAUGUUGGAUGUAUGUAAAGGCAAUAAAAUGCAGUUGUUAUUCAAAA